AGGUGCGUCCCGGGCGACGGGAAGUAGUUGCUCGCUGCUCGGCGCGGACAGAGCAAAGCGGACGCUUGGCCCCAGGAUUCAGCUGUGGGAAGCCAGAUUUGUCUCCCAGGUUCUGCCUCGGAAGAAAGCCAUGGAAGGGGAGGGGUUAAUAAACUUCCAGGAACUUCGAGCCAGAUUUCAGAACCUUGAUGCACCAUCUCUCCAAGGACCUAUUAAAUUCCCAGCAGGUAUUUCUCAGAACCCAGGAAGCACAAAGUUGGCGAAGAUUUGGGCCAAUGGGAAACCCCUCUCAUCCAGCCAUAAUCAGCCUGCAUCCUAUUGUACCAGCAGUGAACCCCAACAUCUUAAACCCCAGAAAACAGAGGUGGUCCAGGGGAGCGAGGUUCAGAAAUGCCCUAAUUCCCCAGGACCUCCAGGAAGGACCACUGGCUCUCCAGUAAAUUUGCAGAACAAGUCCCUAGUAAUAGAUGUGAAUUCAUCAGAAGCUGAGAUAACCAAGAACAAAAUAGCCAAUAGCUUCAGAGACAAACUAUGGAACUGGGAGAAGGUGUCAUCGCAGAAGAGUGAGACGCCAUCACCCUUUCUCCAUUGUGGAAGGAGGGCCUUCCACCUGGAAGUGCAGACAAGUAUGGGACUUCCUUCAGAGGAGCCCAGGAAAAGGCUGGAAAUUAAACAAGCACAGACUCUUCCUUCACAGAGGCACUUGAUGGCCCAAAGAAACACUCUGGCCCCUCCUGAAGAUUCCACUUUUCUACUUUCUCAACAUGGUAGGAGGAGCUUAGAAACCCUGCAGCCUAAGGGGAGGGAGCACCUCCAGCCCAUCUAUGAGAGUGAGCUUGCCUGCCAGGACCCAGAAAAAAAGCCAGAUACCAAGCAUCACCAGCUUCCUAAAACUAAGCCACUGCCUUCCAUUGAGUCCCUGGGUCCUCCUCCAAGAAAACCUCCAAAGCCCCCAGUCGUGGACCUCCAGGAUUUCCAGAGGCUACCAGCUGCUGUCCCCAAGACCCACAGGGAAGCUGCUGUGGAAGAGGGCCACCCGCCUCCAGGGAGUGCUGAAUUUGAAGAACCACAUAAUUAUGAGGCCACAAUUUCAUAUCUGAGACACUCUGGCAACUCCAUUAACCUGUGCUCUGCAAAAGAAAUUGCUGAUUCAACUUAUGAAGUUGGAAUUGAAGAACUCAAAAAGCCUUGGAAGAGUUUCCUCCACCAAGAACUUAGCCCUAAACAUACAGAUGAAGAUAAAAGAAUGGAGAAAGAACCACACGAAAUGAAACCUCAGAGAACAGAAAAGGAUCCACACUCAAAUCACAUGGCCAAGAUGGGUGCCUGUGAAGGGACACCGCAAGCAGUCCAGAUGACAGAAGGCCACAUGAGAAAGAUGAGCAUGCUGCAUGGGAAGCAAGAAGGCAGCCACACAAAGACCUGUCCCCAGGACCCAAAGCUGCCAGGGCAUGCUGAGGGGCAAUGUGGCUACGUGGAGGCCUUAGAAGUGACCAGUGAAACCUUGGACCAAGGGGUCUUUAAGUGCAGUUCCAUCUCCGAGGAGAUGUAUGAUGACGUGGAGUACCCUGGGAGAGAAGGAACAAAGUCAGACUUACCUAAUUCAUUUGCCUCAGAUAAUGAGGAAAAUAGUGGAGAAAUGUAUGAAGAUGUGUACAAAACAAAGAGCAACUACCCAAAUUUAGAUGGAAAAGAAGCACUUAAAAGACUGCAGAGAUUCUUCAAAAAAGAAAAGGAUAGACUUAAAAUGAAGAAAACCAAGUCAAAAGAAAAUGUAAGGAGUGCAUUUUCCAUUUCACUGCCUGAUUUACAACUUGGGUCUCAGGAAGUUAUUAUCUACGAUGAUGUGGGCAUACAUGAAAAAGUAUCAAGAGAUGAAGAUAAAUUGAGAACAUGGAAACCCAAAUUUCUGACACCAAAGGAAAAAAAGGAGAGAAAAAGGGCUGUAGAAUCAGAAAGUUUAUCUCCUACAAAUUUCUUCAGACUCAAGAAGCAAAACUUAAAAAAGAACAGACUAGAAAAAGAAGAAAAACUUUUUAGAGAAAAAUUUGAGUAUGACAAAGAGAUUACUGUUAUCAAUACAGCAGUGGCAUGUUCCAAUAAUUCAAGAAAUGGAAUAUUUGAUUUGCCAGUAACUCCUGGAGAAGAACUAGAUGUCAUUGAUAUCACUGAAGAAAAUCUAGUGAUAUGUCGCAAUUCAAAAGGCAAAUAUGGCUAUGUGCUAAUUGAACAUCUAGACUUCAAGCAUCGAGGUUGGUCUCCAUAGGAGGAUCAAGAUAAAGUCAUAUGGGCUGUACAAAGGGCUGUGUAAACUUUGUUAGGAA